AGAGCGGUCAAAGAAUUGAGAACUCUCAGGGUGGCCUCUUACUUGCACUCUACCCUUCUCACGUCUUCGUACAUGUACUUAUACUGUAUUCAACGUGUUUAUAGGUUGUGUGAAGCUCUGAGGACAGUUCUGGGAGGGAAAACCUAAAGAAGCAUCUAAACUCUGGACGAAGAAACUCAGCUGUCCCCAUUGAUCGGCUUACAAUGAAGCCGGUGUUUGUCCUCCUUGUUUCCACUGCCUGGACUUUGACUGGAGCCCAGUAUUACUACCAGGGGCUGAUGGAUUAUCUGGAGAACAGGUUGUUGGCUAUGGAGGACCGCAUGCAGUUGUGGCAUGAGCAAUCCCAUCGCUACCACACAGAGCAGCUGGAUUUCAAAAAGCUGACUGCUGAGGCCAUGGAUGGUCUGAGAAAUCAGCACAGCAUGAUGUUCAAAGACAUGGAAGGAGCUGCACUCCGAGUGGACCGGGUGGAGGGAGAGAUGGACUACGUGGAGACCCAGACUACCCCUCGGGCUUGUGUGAAUAAGGCAGACAAGGUGCUGGAGCAGGGAACCUGGAGCCUACAGGAGAGCAGAGGAGUGGAAGAGGAGGAAGAAGACUGGGAGGAGGUGCACUCCAGAGUCUCUGACUGUGUGGAAAUCAUCUCUGGCAUCAGAUCAGUGAAGAUCCUAAAGAGAGUGGGCAGUCCCAAGGGCAUGUGGACCAGAGACCCCAGGUCGUCCAAGGUUUAUGUCUUUAACGGGACAUCAGGGGACAACAUCGACCAGUUCAACUCCGUACAAAACUUUUCCCGCUCUCCUGGCGUCACCAGCAGCCGACAGAUCAGGCUUCCCUCUGAUUGGAGAGGUCCUGGCAGCACCGUCUACGACGGCUAUUUGUACUACAUACAGCAGGAGGAUGAUACGGACAUGCAGGUGAUCAAAUAUGACCUGCUGAGUGGCUCGGUGACAGACGCCGCCAUGUUCCCCGUGGAGAGCCACGCUACUGUUUACAACCUCAACCCAGAAACUGUUGCAGAUCUAGCAGCAGAUGACGAAGGCCUCUGGCUAUUGUACGCAACCAGCGACAGUGAACCGAACAUCCACCUUGCGAAGAUGGACCGCGACUCACUCGAUAUAGAACAAAUCUGGGACACCCGGUGCCCAAGGGAGAACGCAGAGGCGGCUUUCGUAGUCUGUGGGACUGUCUAUGUCGUUUACAACACACGCCUGGCCAGCCGGUCUCGAAUCCAGUGCCUUUUUGACGUCAACGACAUGGUCAUCAGCGAGGAGGCUCCCCUGAUCUACUUUCCCAGGAGGUACGGAGCCCACGCCAGUCUGAAAUACAACCCAGAGGAAAAACAGCUCUACGCCUGGGACGAUGGCUACCAAAUCAUUUACAGACUGACCAUGAAGAGGAAACUCCUGGUGUGACGGCAGGGAAGCAGUGUAAUGUUUUCAAAGGCAAUGAGAAGGAAUAGGAGCAGUACAUUUACACAUGCUAUGCCAUAAGUCUUUCAGUAGCGUGCACACUCUUUAUUCAUGGUAGAUUUAAUGGGGAUCAGCCAUAACACAUUUUUAAGCAAAAGAAAUAGCCUUUGAACUAUUAUUUAUUAAUUUGAUUCUGUUCUUUUGUGUGUUGUAUACCAAAUGAAAAUGCCCCUUAGAGGCUGUGCAAUCUUACUGUUAUGUGAUGUUUUGUGUCAUCUCCCCUCAUUUAAUUUGAUCAUUUGAUUCAGAUGAAAUCUCAUUUCCUUUGUGCCUGCUCCUGCUUGUUAAGCCACUAUAUAGUGUUGUCAUUAUAUGCUGUGUUUUAUUGCCCCAAAACUGACAGUGCGGAGAGGAUUUUUGCAUAAGUCUUUUAAUCAAAGAAAAUAAUAUCAUAUCACAGAACUGAUAACACAUCACACCCUUUGGGAGAAAAAACAACAACAACAAACUGCUGUUGAUUUUCAGACUUGUUGAAACAAAAGAAUGAAACAAUUUGUGACUGAAAUAAUGUCUGCCAUUUCAGUUUACUUUAUUACACACUGGGUCACUCAUGUUGAGAGUCUUCAUAAUGAUCUAGGAACUCGUAAUAGACUUGCCUCCACUAACAACUGUUGAUGUCAGUCACCAGAACAUUUUCUCAAUCAUUUCUAUUAUUACAAAUACAAAAUGUUCAAUAAAAAAUUGGAAAUUCAGUGCUAUCAUAACAGCUGGAAGGAGUACAAGAUUAUAUCAAGAAACAUUACAAUAUUAGGCAAAGCUAGCAGGUCUUGAAAGACUCCAUAAACUGAGGCAAUUGAUUUAACAGGUUUCUUCUACGAUGAAAACACACCACAUUGUCAAAGAAAUAUGACCUUUGUAAAGCACAUGUUUAAAACACUGUUUCAACACUAAAAUAAGAUAUUAGAAAUCUAUGAAUAAUGCCAUUAGGGAGGAAUUUCACCAUCAAAAUAACUGUGAAUGAGAGCAAAUUUCACACUGUCGUGGAGGGGUGUCUAUGCUAUGAUGGAUUACGUCAAGCAUGAACAAUAAUGCACUGACUCGUUCUCGCUAUAACAAGUGCCAAUUAGAGAAAUGCGACUGCUCUGUAGACGCUGACCCGUCCACCCAUCAGCUGCCCCCGCGCUGUCGUCUGAUAAACAUACACACACUGAGGUACUAAACAGCUCUCUCUGGGUACACUUACCCAUAAAGGAAAUGGCUAAAACAGAUCCAGCUGGGUCUGCUGAAUGCAUCUGCUCAUGUCUUGAUGUCUGGCCCCUAAUUUCCCAAACUGUGUUAUAUACUGUAUAUAGCAUGUUCAUCGUAUGUUUCAGUUGUAAUAUCGCUUGUCCUCCGGUGAGGCACCAGAGGUCUAGACCAGUCUAAGCCACGGCCAAGAACAUUCUUACAUAUCAGAUUUAAGUUGCUGUUUGAGAUAAUACGGACACUAUUCAGUAAAUGGGCCUCUAUCUGUGAAUGUUUCGUGGCAGUUUUCCUGCCUGAUAUCACAUUUGACUCCGUAGCUCAAGAUUUCCUGGCCCGAAUGAAAGUGAUGUUAUCUGUGCUUGCCAAUUCCAGCAAAACAAAACUACUGCUACUGGAGGAAAAUCCUGUAAAUAGAAAACCAAAUGAUUAUGUUUUAUUCUCAUUGUAAAGAUGUGGAACCUCAAUUAUGUAAUAUUUUAAUUAAAAGCUAUUGAUGCAUUACUUUUUUUCAUCUGAGCAGAUACAGCAUCAGUUAUCCUUGCCUUAACUGCAAUUUUGUGCAUAUUAUACUUUAUUAAAACUUCUAAUUAUUGUAAAGAGAGCAAAUAUUAUGCAGGGACCCGAUCCUGCACCAGCAUAGAGGAAUUAUACUGGUGCAAGAUGAUACAACAGCGGUGCUGCAGUCUUUUUCUUAAUCACAUCAAAUAUCUACAAAAAAAAAAUCUAUUAUCCACAUAUUGCUGGCAACAGUAUGAUUAAUGACAUAAACAUCAAGAAAGUUGCAUGUUUCGAAGUUCAAAAGACGAAUAUGUUCACCUUUUUCAGAGUUUAGGUUAUUCUCAAUAAUCACCACCAACAAAGCUAAAUAUAUUCAAAAUGUCGGUACUCUUUUUUUUUUUUUUUCCUUUUAAUAUAUUUUCUGCUUUUCUGCUUCGAAAAACAAAACAUACAUACAGUAACCGGCAGACGUCUGUACAUGAAACUAUAGACAUCCAUCAAAACCUAUUGACAAAAAAAGAACUAGAGAGACAAAGAAGUGCUUUUGAACAGUGUUUGUCUGCUUUCAUUUGGAAGAAAAGCGUGAGAUUGCGCCAAA